AUGGAUGGAGUAAAGCCAGUUAGUACACCACUUGGUUCAAAUGUGAAGAUUCAAAAAGAUGGUACUACAAGUUUCACAGAUGCCACUUUAUAUCGCAGUGUAGUGGGUGCACUGCAAUAUUUGCAUCUGACGCGGCCAGAUAUUUCUAUAGUUCUAAACAAAGUGUGCCAAUAUAUGCAUGAUCCAUUUGUUGAACAUUGGGAGCUUGUCAAACGCAUCCUUCGAUAUCUGAAAGGUACUGUGGAUUAUGGGUUGCAUCUAUACCCAAAGCAGGAUUAUUCUCUUCAUGCAUACUGUGAUGCAGAUUGGGCAGGCAGCUUGGAUGAUCGAAGAUCCACUAGUGGAUACUGUAUAUACUUUGGUGGCAACUUAAUUUACUGGAGCGCUCGAAAACAAAAGACAGUGUCCAAGUUUAGUACAGAGGCAGAAUACCGUGGAGUUGCAAUUGCAACAUCUGAAAUUAUUUGGAUUCAAUCUUUGCUAGUGUAG